UGUGUGCGGCGCUGCAGCGUGAGUGCGGCCUAGUAGAGGAGUAGAAGCCGAGGUUAGAGCGGCCGGCGCGACGGAAUUUUUGGUUGGCAGAAGUGCGCACGGCGGGUAAAAGGUUCUGUCUUCGCACCAAGGCAGUGACACGGCUUUAGCCAGCGGGGCGGGUGAGUGAAGGCCUCAGGGGUCACAGUGUAUGUGUACCGUGGUGUCGGGAAACGGAGCGGUGAAUCCGCUUCCUUUUUGUAACCUUACAAAGGGGCUGGCGAGAGGCCCUAUCUCCCUUGGUUUUUUUUUGUGCCGCUAUAACCAAAGGCAGGAGGAGAAAAGUCUCUGACCAGACGAUUCCUUCUUCCGGCCCAAAAGGCUUAUCUGCAGGUUUAUACAAAAAACAUGUCUUACCCACCACAUCUGAACCGCCCACCAAUGGGUAUUCCAGCUCUUCCUCCAGGGCUCCCACCUCCUCAGUUCCCUGGUUUCCCUCCACCUCCCGGAACUCCAAUGAUUCCUGUUCCAAUGAGUUUAAUGGCUCCUGGACCUACUGUAUUGGUACCAACAGUUUCUAUGAUGGGAAAGCACCUUGGACCUCGGAAAGAUCUUAUGGCUCUUAAAAAUAAAGAAAAUGAUGAAAACAAUGGUCCAACUACAACAGUCUUUGUGGGCAAUAUUUCAGACAAAGCUUCUGACAUGCUCAUCAGGCAGCUCCUAGCGAAAUGUGGAUUGGUUUUAAGCUGGAAACGGGUACAAGGAGCAUCUGGGAAACUUCAAGCUUUUGGGUUUUGUGAAUAUAAAGAGCCCGAAUCUACAUUGCGAGCUCUCCGAUUACUCCAUGAUCUACAAAUUGGAGAAAAGAAGCUGCUUGUAAAAGUAGAUGCCAAGACCAAAGCUCAGCUGGACGAGUGGAAGGCAAAUAAGGCUUCCAAUGGUAAUUCCAAACCAGCUACCGAUGAGGAUGAUGACCUUGAUGAAGAGACAAAGAGACGUGAUGCAAUUAUUAUAGGAGCUAUUGAAGUUCUGAUAAAGGAGUAUUCUGGUGAUCUAAAUGCACCAUCUCCGGAUUCUGAUUCGCAUGCCAGAAAAAAGAAAAAAGAAAAGAAGGAAGAAUUACCAGACAUACCUGAACAGCUUCCACCCACAUUAAGAGGUCGAGUCUAUAAGGGGCGCUCAAGUUAUUCUCUAAACCAACCCAGGGAAGAUAUAAAUGCAAUAGAAAUGGAGGAAGAUAAGAGAGACCUGAUAUCGAGAGAAAUCAGCAAAUUCCGUGAUACACACAAGAAACUGGAGGAGGAGAAGGGUAAAAAAGAAAAAGAAAGACAGGAAGUUGAGAAAGAACGUAAAGAAAGGGAUAGGGAAAGAGAUCGUGAGAGAGAAAGGCGCGAUAGAGAUCGUGAAAGAGAAAAGGAACGUGAGAAGGAAAAAGAGAGAGACCGGGAACGUGAAAGGACCAGAGACCGGGAUAGAGACAGAGAUCGCGAUAAAGAACGUGAGCGGAUUAGAGACCACAGUAAAGACCGGAGUCGAUCAAGAGAGAAAAGCAGAGACCGUGAUAGAGAGAGGGAGAGAGAGCGUGAAAGGGAAAGGGAAAGAGAAAGGGAAAGGGAACGAGAGAGAGAUCGAGAAAGGGAUAGGGAGAAAGACAAGAAGAGAGACCGUGAAGAAGAUGAUGAGGAAGCUUAUGAACGGCGGAAACUAGAAAGAAAACUGCGAGAGAAAGAAGCUGCUUACCAAGAGCGUCUUAAAAACUGGGAGAUAAGGGAGCGCAAAAAAGCCAGAGAAUAUGAAAAAGAGGCAGAGCGAGAAGAUGAGAAACGAAGAGAUAUAGCUAAAGAGGCAAAAAGGCUAAAAGAAUUUUUGGAAGAUUAUGACGACGAUAGAGAUGACCCUAAAUAUUACAGGGGUAGUGCUCUUCAGAAACGGCUGAGAGACAGAGAAAAAGAAAUUGAAUUGGAUGAGCGGGACCGGAAACGAGAGAAAGAAGAACAUGAAGAGAUUCGUCAACGUUUAUUAGCAGAAGGACACCCUGAUCCUGAUGCAGAACUCCAGAGGAUGGAAGAAGAGGAAGAACGGCGCCGACAACCUCCACCUAUUAAACCACAACAGCCCGAGUCAGAGGAAGAAGAAGAAAAAGAUAUAAAGGAAGAGAAAGAGGAGGAACUUCUUGAAGAGGAAGAAGAGCCUGAACCAAGGCCUUGUCUUAAACCCACUUUACGGCCUAUAAGCUCUGCUCCAUCUGUUUCAUCUGCUAGUGGAAACGCCACCCCCAAUUCACCAGGAGAUGAGUCGCCUUGUGGCAUUAUUAUCCCACAUGAGAAUUCACCAGAGCAACAGCCACAGGAAGAAUACAGGCCGAAAAUAGGACUAAGUCUUAAGUUAGGUACAUCUAAUAGUCCCAGUCAAACAAAUGCUGCUAAGAGGAAGAAACUGCCGGCUGUGGACAGUGUUUUUAACAAGUUUGAUGAUGAAGACAGCGAUGAAGUACCCCGGAAAAGAAAACUGGUGCCCCUGGAUUAUGGGGAUGAUGACAAAACUUCAGCCAAAAACAAUGUUAACACUGAAGAGAAACGCAAACAUAUAAAGAGUCUAAUUGAAAAAAUACCCACAGCUAAACCAGAACUAUUUGCUUAUCCAUUGGACUGGUCCAUAGUGGACACUACAUUAAUGGAACGGAGAAUUAGGCCGUGGAUCAACAAGAAGAUUAUAGAAUAUAUUGGUGAAGAAGAAGCUACAUUAGUUGAUUUUGUUUGUUCAAAGGUAAUGGCCCACAGCUCACCACAGAGCAUACUGGAUGAUGUUGCUAUGGUUCUCGAUGAAGAGGCUGAAGUUUUCAUCGUGAAAAUGUGGAGAUUAUUAAUUUAUGAAACUGAAGCCAAGAAGAUUGGUCUUGUGAAGUAAAAUUCUGUACAAAAUGACUUUAUUUCGAGUUUAAUUUGCAACAUUUUAACUCUUUGCUGUCCUAAAGGGCAACUAAAACAGUACAUUGCUGUUCCCUAUUUUGGCAAAGUUGUUAAGUCUUCAACAUAUUGCCACAAGGGGCAUUUGAGAUUUGUAUUUUUAUGGUUCCUGCCCCCUCUCACGUUUUCUUCCUGGAAUCCUUCACAUUUUGCUCAUCUUUAUCUGAGGACCACCACACAAAUCAAGCCUUUAUAUCCGUUGCAGCUGCUGUACAAAUGGUCCAUCUAGUAACAGUUUUGCUAAUCAAUGUUCUUUGUAAAUAUAUUAAAACCUUCAGAUUUUUGCAAUUUGUUUUGCACUUAAUGUUCAAUGCUGGUUUUACAUCAAAAUAAGUUUACCUGUUGCCUCACUUGUGAUUUUAGGGAAAAGAGACAAAGUAUGCAUCAGUUUGAAUAUUUUGAUAAAAGUAUUUGGUUUAGGUUGAGAGAUUUAAGCUAAAAAAUAUGGGAUGAACACACACCACCACAUUGUAAAUGAAAACGAAGAUUCCGUGAUUGGAUUUAUCAAACUGUAUUUUAAUACAGGAAUUGUAAUUUGAAGAACUCUAGUCAGUCUUCUCAUUUUUUUUUUCUUGUAAAUAUGAUGCAAGAUUUUAAGCGAUUGUUCUAAAUAUCUGGCAUUGCAACAAAUGUAUAACAUCCAGUUGGUGCACAGCACUGGUAAUUCUCUGUCUAUUUUGCCCGUUCUUGCUGCAGCCUUUAACUAUAUUAUCCUUAUAAAGAAAGUAUUAAAGGUGUUUCUAAAUAAGUCAUUCAAUGGGGUUUUAAGAAAAAAAUUAGCCUAUCUUAAACAUGAGUAAGUUAUUGCUAAAAUGCUGUAACUUCAUUACAGCCUGCUUCCUUUUUUCUUUUUUUUCCCUUUUGUAAGAACAGAAACUGAAAUUUGAAAUAAUUUAAUAUGAAAGCCUAUUUUGUGGAAGCAUAGGGGAUGGGCUGUAACCCCCAUUGUUAUACAUGGAGAAAUUGUUAAUUUUUCUUCUGAAUCUAAUUUUUUUUUUUGUGUCUUCUAUUUAAUGUGAUGUGUGCGGUCACAUCAGUGGUAUUCUGUUGUCCCACAAUAAGUUUUUAUUUAUUUUUAUUUCAUGAUAUUUAUGUAUGUGUGUGUGUAUAUAUAUAUAUAUAUAUAUAUAUAUAUAUAUAUAUAUAUAUAAUCUCUUUCAAACAUAUUUUGCUUUAAAUAGUCACACCCCAUCUAUAAAGCUUUGCAGUUUUUAGAACCAAAGGAGGUUAUAAUCUCUUAUUGGGAGAAACUACUCUCAAAUAAUCUCUGAAACUGGCUAGGUGAUUAAAUUCUUUAUAUGAUUAAAUACAAAAAAAUAUUAAUGAAUGGGAGCAAACAUUUUCUUCAGUCAUAUGUUCCUCAGAAAACGAUCCCUGUGUGGCUUGAACAUGUACAUAUGUAAAAAUAUUAUAUAUUUUUUUUUUUACUUUUUUUGGGUGUAACAAUCCAAAGGCCAUUCAAUGCUUCUAAAACAAAAAAGCUGCUCCUUUUGUUUAUCCUAAAAAUCAUAAAAAUGGAAUCUGUUAUCUGCGAGAGAUACCUUGUGUUUGGAUAUGUCAUUGAAGGUUUACCAUGUAAACAAUUCAAAUAUUAAAGUGUAUAUAUUUGA